AUGCGUGCUGCCUCUGUCUUGCAUCCGACUCUGCUGCUCUGCUGGCUGACCACACCCCAGCUCUCAAAGCCCAAGGCACUCUUCCAUAGCCGGGAUCGCUGGGACCUGGAGCUGUCUCCACUCCGCCAGGCCAGGCCCAUCGCUGACCUCCAGGCUGCUCAGAGAUUCUUAUCCAGAUAUGGCUGGUCAGCAGUGUCUUCAGCCUAGAGUCCUAACCUCAAGAGGACAACAGAGGCCCCAGGAGGCAUCUCCCUGGCCGAUGCCAUGUGCAGGUUCCAGAAGGCAAAUGCAUUGCCAGUCAGCGGAAAGCUGGACACACCAGCCACACUGGUGGCCAUGAACAAGCCAUGCUGUGGUGUGCCUGACAAACAGGGACCCCUGGCCACACCAUCGCCUCCAGCCCCAUCAACUCCUCUAGGUCUACAGCCCAGGGCCCAACCAAAGCACUUCCUGCAAAUGCUGCUGCCCAAGCUGGACAGGCAGCAGGAGGACUCCUCAGACAGUGGGGUCCCCAGGGCCUUCUCCAGAAAGACUCUGACCUGGAGGCUGGUGAGUGAGGCCUACAGCAGCCAGCUCUCUGUGGACGAGCAGAGGUACAUUUUCAAACUGGCCUUCAGGAUGUGGAGCGAGGUGAUACCUCUGAACUUCUGGGAGGACCUCACUGCCCCUGGGGCUAUGGUGAGCAUAAAACUGGGUUUUGGAAGAGGGCGGCACCUGGGCUGCACUCAAGUGUUUGACGGGAACGGGCAGGAGUUCGCUCAUGCCUGGCGCCUGGGCGAUAUUCACUUCGAUGACGAGCACUUUACAAUUCCCACCAGUGACACAGGCAUCAGCCUUCUCAAAGUUGCCGUCCAUGAAAUUGGCCACGUCCUCGGCCUGCCUCACAUCUACAGGACGGGAUCCAUAAUGCAUCCAAAUUAUAUUCCCCACGAGCCUGCAUUUGAGUUGGACUGGUCAGACAGAAAAGCAAUUCAAAAGCUGUAUGGUUCAUGUGGGGGAUCCUUUGAUACUGCUUUUGACUGGAUUCGCAAAGAGAAAAACCAAUAUGGCGAAGUGAUGGUGAGAUUUAGCACAUAUUUCUUCCGAAACAGCUGGUACUGGCUUUAUGAAAAUAGAAACAACAGGACACGAUACGGGGAUCCUAUCCAAAUCCUCACUGGCUGGCAAGGUAUCCCAACGGAACAUAUAGAUGCGUUUGUCCACAUCUGGACACGAAGAAAAGAUGAGCAUUAUUUUUUUAAAGGAAAUCAAUACUGGAGAUACGACGGUGACAAGGAUCAGGCCCUCUUAGAAGAUGAACAAGGAAGAAGCUACCCCAGACUGAUGUCAGAAGGUUUUCCUGGCAUCCCCAGUCCUGUGGACACUGCCUUUUAUGACCGAAGGCAGCGGUUAACUUACUUCUUUAAGGAGUCCUUUGGCAUCACAGAAGUGGAUCCACCCAGGAGAUUCCAACAGCAGCAGAAAGCAGCAUGAAUGAUGGCAUGGCCAGAUAAAGGAAAAUACUUUCCAUGGAGCCUGCUUAAACCCAUUCACAUUCAACUGCUCCCCAACAGUGCACCAGUGCCUUUGUAAUCUGGAAGAUGAGAUGCUGACUAUGGGUAGAACUGUUACUGGGGCACGAAGCAG